AGAGAGAGAGAAAGAGAGAGAGACCCCACGAGUGGCCUUCUGCUACCUUUCCCCAACAAGGUCUCCCCCCUCUCUCUUCUUUCUUCUUCUUUUCUUCUCUCUCUUCCUUUGCUCUCUUUCAGCUCUCAGGGAAAAGAAAGAAAGACAACAGUCAAUCAGAAACCAAGAACACAACCCCACACAGACAAAACUCCUAGUCCUAGUCCUACUUCGCUCCAAAUUAACCUCUGCCUCUGCCUCUGCCUCUUCCUCUGCUGCCAGCCAAUUAAACAUUGUUUAUAAACAAUUUCUCACUCAUCCCCACCCUCUCUCUCUCUGUCUCUCUCUCUCUCUAGCACACAACCAAAAAUAUUAGUUAGUUGGGGAUGAUGGGUUAUAGAGCUACAGAGAGCAACUCAUGGUCAUGGGGUUCAUCAGUCACCAAGAAGAUACCAAGAACAUAACUUAAAAUAUAUAUAUAUAUAUAUAUAUAUAUAUAUAUAUAUAUAAUAUUAUCCCCUUCCACAACCCACCCUUCCCCACCAGAUGGACUUGGCAGAUUUGCAAACCAAUAACAGCAACAACAACAACAACAAUAAGCAGAGCGGCAACACCAACACACCUCACCACCAUCACCCCCAUCAUCAUCAGCAGCAAAAGCAGUCAUCCUCGUCUUCAUCGCAGUUUGUGGUCCCUUUUGAUGGCAGAUCUUCGGCAGGAGGAGGACCAUCCUCCCAAGGAGGACCCCCUUUCAUGGGCUCCAUCUCCAUCCAAGCUGGCCUCACCACCACCCAUCAUCAUGCUCAUGCUCAUCCUCAUGCUCAUGCUGCUUCAUCCACUCCUGCUACUGCUCCCUCCUCUUCCUCCUCCUCCUCCUCUUCUUCUUCUUCAUCCUCUUCCUCUUCUUCCACCUCUGCCUCUACUGCUCCUCCCCACCUCGUCGACGCCUCCCUCGCCAUCGCCACCAGAUCCGAUGCCCAUCCCUCCACCCGUCCCGCGCCCCUCCUCGAUUCCUCCAAGAAGAACCAACAACAACAGCAACAGCAACUGUCGAUCUCUCCCACCGGCGCUGCCGCCGCCUCUAACCCUCCAGUCAAGCGAUCCACCAAGGACCGCCACACCAAGGUUGACGGCCGUGGGCGUCGCAUUCGAAUGCCGGCCACCUGUGCCGCUAGGGUCUUUCAAUUGACCAGGGAAUUGGGCAACAAAUCCGACGGCGAGACCAUCGAGUGGCUUCUGCAGCAGGCUGAACCCGCCAUCAUCGCCGCCACGGGAACUGGGACCAUCCCGGCCAAUUUUUCCACCCUUAACAUUUCGCUCCGCAGCAGCGGAUCCACGCUCUCCGCGCCUCCUUCCAAGUCGGCCCCUCAUUCCUUUCAUGGCACUUUGGCUCUCGCUCAUCACCCUCACUAUGACGAAGGCUUUGCGCAUGCCGGUUUGUUGGGUUUCCAUCAGCAUCAGCCUCCUCUAAUGACGGCCGAUCAAAUUGCGGAGGCUCUUCCGAGUGGCGGAGGCGACGGUGGAGGUGGAGAGUCGACGACUGAUAAUUAUAUGAGAAAGCGCUUCAGAGAAGAUCUAUUCAAAGAAGAAAGUCAAGGACAAGCUGAAGCUUCAGCUGGAGGAGGAGGAGGAUCGCCUUCAAGCAAUAAGGCAUUUAAGAGUGGCCUUCAGUUGCCCAAACAACAGCAGCAGCAGCAGCAGCAGCAACAACAACAAGAAGCUGCAGCAGGAGGGGCAUCCUCAGGCUUGCUUCGGCCUUCAAAUAUCAUGCCGGCAACAGCCAUGUGGGCAGUGACACCGGCACCGACCAGCGGCGCGGGCAGCACAUUCUGGAUGUUACCGGUGACAGCGGGUGCAGGUGGACCGUCGACCGUUGGCGCGGGAACAUCAGGAGCUGGUCCUUCAGAACAGCCCCACAUGUGGACAUUUCCAACAACACCAGCCAGUAGCCACGGAAACACAUUACAAGCACCAUUGCAUUUCAUGCCAAGGUUUAAUCUUCCUCAUCAUACUGGUAAUCUGGAAUUCCAAGGUGGUCGUGGCGGGAAUCAUCCUCUGCAACUGGGUUCCAUGUUAAUGCAGCAACAGCAGCAACAACAACAACAACCGUCUCAGCAACUUGGACUUGGAGUGUCGGAGUCCAAUUUAGGGAUGUUGGCAGCUCUUAAUGCAUAUUCUAGAGGGGGUUUGAACAUUAACUCUGAUCACCACCAAAACCAUCCAUUGGAGCAUCAUCAUCACCAACACCAACAACAGCAACAGCAACAACAACCUCAGACUACUGAUAGUGGAGAUGAAGACCCAAAUAGUUCUCAAUGACACUUUGAUCAUCCCAAUAUAUACAAAGUUGCUAAAGCGAGCCCCAAAAAUUGUUCAACUUCUCUUUAUGAGAUGGAUGGAAGAAGUUGAUAGAUACUCCAUUACCACUAAAAGCUUUUUCUCAAAGAGAACAGCAGGCAAACAACACAAGGAAAAGAAAUCCUGAAGCCAACUAUUUUGGUGAAAUUUAACGGUCGAGAUUAGAGAUUGAUAGACAAUUACAGACCCAGCAAGCACCAGCAGUUUAUAACCUCCAUCACCUUCUUUCUGUUGUUGGUUUUAAAGAGAGCUCCAGAAGGAGGCAUGUCAGUUGGGUUUUUACCUUCCACCCCUAGUCUUUCUCUCUUUCUCUUUCUUUUUUGUCUGUUUCUUUUUUCUUUUCUUUUUUUCGUAUUAUUCUCCUUUCAUAUUUGGGGUAGUGUGUAUCUUUUUUCCUAUAUGCUUUUUGUGAAAUAUUAUUACGUUUAUCUUUGAUUAUUAAAAAUUCCUAGUCAACCAUCUUGUUCAUUAUAUGAUUUUGAAUUCCAAGACAUAAAAUAAGUAGAAACUAAUUGAUACGUAGUUUGUAAUUUUCUGUAGGUAGGUUGUAGAACCAAGAAAGAAUGGCCGAGUGUAAUUUUUUCUUUUUAUUUUUUUUCUUUUUUUGGGUUUUUGGCCGUAUGUUGGAUUAAAAAAAAAAAAAGGAAAGUUUUUUUUUUGAAAAAAAAAAAGGGGUCUGAAAAGAAAUGGGAAAUAACCUGGUGUUGAAAGCAGAGAGACACUGAGAGUGACUUUUGUUUUGACUUGUACAGUCAAUUCAGAUGACUUUCUCGUUUUCAUUGCUUAAUCAUUUUCUCUCAUCUGCAUUACAUUUAUUCACUUGGCUUCGCUACGCUAUGCGUGUGUGGGGGGUAGUGUUUUGCAAUGGGGUCCCAUGAUUUUGAACUAUUUAUAACCUUUUUUUUUAUUUUUUUUUUGCCCUCAUGAGUUUUGGUGUUUUUCUGGUUGACCCCGAGAACGUCCUUUAAAUUAGUUGCCCAAUAAUAGGAAGAAAUGUAUAUUGUUUUCUUCUAAUAUUAAAUUGCAUGUUACAUCAGUGGCCCAAAUAGAUCUUAAGAGUAUCUAUGAAAAUGUUGCAUUUCUUCAAUAUUUACAAAACUUAUUAAAAGCAUUCAUAACUUACAGAAUUUUUUUUUUUUCCUUUUCUUUUCUUUCGUCUAAAAAGAAAAAGGAAGAAAUAAUAGCAUAAAUGUGAACUAUAUUAUUUUCUUUAUAUAUGAUUUUCCAUUUAUGUGAUAUCUCCAUUCAGCUGAAAAAUUACUUUUAAUUCUUAGUACCAGACAAAACACAACUUUCACCCAUUUGUUAAGAAAUUUAAUAAAUGAGUACUAUAUUUGGAAGGGGGGAAAAAAAGAGAAAAA